AUGGAUUAGCAAGAAUUUAAUUGUUACUCAUGCAAUAAGUUAUUUAAAUAAAAGCGUGCUUUAUAAGAACAUUAAUUAAUCCAUUCUGGGGAGAAGCCCUACAAAUGUGUAACUUGUAAUUAAUAGUUUCGACAAUAUUCCUCAUUAUAAAAGCAUGAUCGCAUUCAUACAGGAGAAAAGCCAUAUUCUUGUUAAGAUUGUGAUUCGAAAUUCUCUUAAAUAUCAAAUUUGAAAAGACACCAAUUCAAACAUUAAGAACAGAAGCCUUUUACUUGCGAUGUUUGUCAAAAGCAAUUCAUUACGAAUUAAAAUUAUUAAUAACAUAAAAACAAACACAAUCAACAAAGGUAAAGUUAUGUAUGUGAAUGCAAUCGAACUUUUCUUUAUAAGUGUAGUUUAAAAAAACAUUAAAAAAUUCAUUAAAAGCUUGAUAACACAGAUUAAUUUAUAAAUCUUUCACAAAUAAAUCAAAUUUCAGCAGAUCUCAGAAUAUUUUUUACUGCCUCCCAUCCUUAAAUUCUUCAUUCAAAUCAUAUUGAUAUAUUAUUUAAUGGGCGAUUGUAUAAUUAUAAUGAAUCAACUGGCAGAAUUGAAUUGCAUGAUUUGAUUGAUUAAUAAAAAUAAAAUUGUGAUCCAAUUAAAGAUCAUCAACAUUUUGAUUCACAAACACAAUAUGAUUUAAUUAAAUGCAUAGAUUGUAAAUAAGAAAAAUGUUGUUGCAAAUAAAAACAAUUUUUUAAUAAUUGCUGUUUAGCUUGCAAUGGUGGAAAUUGUGGAGAAACUCCAUUUGCAAUAUCCUAAGUAAUACAUUUUCAUGGUCCAAAUUGUGGUCAUCCAAUCGUUAUACAUGAUGGACAUAUCGAUUAUUUAGUUAAUGAAAGGUUGCACUUUCCUCAUGAUGGCCAUUGUGACAAUCAUGGAAUUUUGAAUAGAAUUAGAGUGAAAUGA